ACAUUACUUCAUGGAUAAUUUGUGAUGGUGACAUUGAUCCUGAAUGGAUUGAAUCUUUGAAUUCCGUUUUGGAUGACAACAGAUUGUUGACUAUGCCCAGUGGAGAAAGAAUUCAAUUUGGCUCAAAUGUCAACUUUAUAUUUGAAACUCAUGAUCUUAGCUGUGCCUCUCCUGCUACAAUAUCUCGAAUGGGAAUGAUAUUUCUGAGUGAUGAAGAUACAGAUCUUAAUUCUUUGAUAAAGUCUUGGCUAAGAAGUCAGCCUGAAGAAUGUAGAUACAACCUUGAAAACUGGAUUGGGGACUAUUUUGAAAAGGCCUUAAACUGGGUUGUGAGAAAGAAUGACUCUGUGAUAGAAACAAGUUUAGUUGGAACUGUGAUGAAUGGACUGUCUCAUCUUCAUGGAUGUACUGAUCAUGGACAAUUUAUUAUUAACUUGUUACGUGGUCUUGGUGGCAAUCUCAACACAAAAUCACGACAAGAAUUUGCAAAAGAGAUCUUCAGCUGGGCACAAGAAUCUCCACCAGAUCCAAGGAAGCCCCUGGACACAUACUAUGAUGCUGACACUGGACAGCUAAAGCAGUAUCAGCUGAAAAAACCUGAAAACCUAACAGCUGAUGACUUCAUUAAUCUCCAAACGCUUCCUGUCAUCCAAACCCCUGACAUGCAGAGAGGUUUAGAUUACUUUAGACCCUGGCUAGACUUUAACAAUAAGCAGCCAUUUCUUCUUGUGGGUCCUGAAGGAUGUGGAAAAGGUUAUGAAACAGGACCUUUGGGAAACCUGUGCUCUCCUGGAGCAACAGUUGAAAGACACAUGAGGUAUCCGGAGACACAUGAGGUUCUUACGUAUCAAGGAUUUUAUGAUGAAAAUCUGGAAUGGGUUGGCUUAGAAAACAUACAAAUUGUGGCUUCCAUGUGUGCUGGAGGAACAUUAGGAAGACAUAAACUUACCCCCAGAUUUACUUCUAUUGUUCGUCUCUGUGCAAUUGACUAUCCAGAAAGAGACCAACUGCUAGCUAUUUAUAGUGCCUACUUGGAACCUGUACUACAGAAAAACCUAAAGAAUCACCGUGUUUGGGGUUCUUUGCCAAAAAUACAUCAGCUAGCAGGAUUUAUGGUUCAAGUAUAUGAACAGGUACGAGCGAAAUUCACAGUCGAUGAUCAUAGUCACUACCUUUUUACACCAUGUAUUCUAACUCAGUGGGUUCUUGGUUUAUUCAGAUAUGAUUUAGCAGGUGGAUCAUCAAUACAAACUGCAGACUAUGUGUUGGAAAUCGUUGCUUACGAAGCACAUCGUUUGUUCCGUGAUAAACUUGUUGACAUGAAAGAACUUCAUAUCUUUGAUAAUAUUUUGAUGAAAGUGUUUCAAGGUGAUUGGGGCUCAGAUGUUCUGGACAAUAUGGCAGAUACCUUCUAUGUAACCUGGGGAGCUUGUCAAGAGGCAUUCAUCACACCAGGACAGGCACUACCACCACAUGGGAGGCCACUUGGCAAACUAAACUCAACAGACCUGAAAGAUAUCGUUCAAAAAGGUAUUAUUCAUUAUGGGCGAGACAAAAAAGAGAUAGAUAUCUUACUGUUCCAUGAAGUCCUCAGUUAUAUGUCUAAAGUGGACAGAGUGCUAAGUUUUCCUGGAGGAUCACUUCUUUUGGCAGGACGGAGUGGUGUAGGUCGUCGAACAGUUACCUCUUUAGUUAGUCAUAUGCAUGGAGCUGUUUUGAUUUCUCCCAAAAUUUCCAGAGGCUAUGAACUGAAGCAGUUCAAAAAUGAUCUUAAAUAUGUGAUGGAGCUUGCAGGCAUUGAAGCAAAGCAGGUGGUAUUGCUGCUUGAAGACUAUCAGUUUGUUCAUUCCACGUUCCUUGAGAUGGUCAACAGUUUAUUGUCUUCAGGAGAUGUUCCUGGGCUAUAUAAAAUAGAAGAAUUGGAACCAUUGCUAUCUCCUCUGAAGGAUCAAGCUUCACAAGAUGGAUUUACAGGACCAAUUUUCAACUAUUUCACAUACCGCAUCCAACAAAACCUGCAUGUUGUCCUGAUCAUGGAUUCUACCAAUUUAAAUUUCACAAUAAACUGUGAAAGUAAUCCAGCACUGUACAAGAAAUGUCAGGUUUUGUGGAUGGAAACGUGGUCAGAAAACAGUAUGAAAAAGAUACCGGAAAUGCUUCUGAAUGAUGCAGAUGAACAAGAAAAGACUGGAAAAGCACAUAAGGAACUUAAGAAAAAACACUCAGGCGAUUCUGAUUUUCUGAAGUCAUUUCUGGCAAUCCACGAAUCAUGUAAAAUGUAUGGAGCAACACCUAGCAGGUAUAUGACAUUCCUUCGUACAUACAGUACCAUCAAUAACAGUAAAAGAAGAGAGCUAAUAAAAAGGCAGAACCACCUGCAGGCAGGUGUUUCAAAGCUGAAUGAAGCUAAAGCCCUGGUAGAUGAACUGAACAGAAAAGCUGAAGAUUACCUAGUCAACAUGUCUAGUAGCAAACAGUCUCAGAGUGCUAGUGAACAAAAAACAGAAAUGGAAAAAAUAAAACACCGGAUAGCAGAAGAGGCUGCAGAAAUAGAAGAGAGAAAAAGAAAAAUUGAAGCGGAACUAAAAGAGGUUCAGCCACUGGUUAAUGAAGCUAAAUUAGCAGUUGGAAAUAUAAAACCAGAGUCUUUGUCAGAAAUCCGGUCACUACGGAUGCCCCCUGACAUAAUCAGAGACAUACUAGAAGGAGUUUUACGGUUGAUGGGAAUUUUUGAUACAUCGUGGGUGAGCAUGAAGAGUUUCUUGGCUAAAAGAGGAGUGAGGGAGGACAUAGCAACCUUUGAUGCUCGUAAUAUUCCAAAAGAAAUAAGAGAGAGUGUUGAAGAACUUCUUUCUAAGAACGGAACAUCUUUUGAUCCAAAGAAUGCUAAACGAGCCAGUGCUGCAGCUGCUCCAUUAGCAGCUUGGGUCAAUGCCAAUGUCCAGUAUUCCCAUGUCCUAGAACGAAUUCAGCCUUUGGAAAAAGAAAAGGCUGGCUUGGAAGCUAAUCUCAAGAAAACUGAAGACAGAAAACAGAAGUUAGAAAAUCUUUUGAACUCAGUUGGUCAAAAAGUAUCGGAACUGAAAGAUAAGUUCCAGAGUAGAACAACAGAAGCGGCAAAACUUGAAGCAGAACUAAGUAAAGCUCAUCAAACAUUGAAGGCUGCAGAGGUACUGAUAAAUCAGCUGGAUAGGGAACACAAAAGAUGGAGCACUCAGGUGUCAGAGAUAACAGAUGAACUGGCUAUGUUGCCUAAAAGAGCUCAGUUAGCAGCUGCAUUUAUUACAUACCUUUCUGCUGCUCCUGAGGAUCAGAGGAAAACCAGCUUGGAUGAAUGGACCAAAUCAGCAGGCCUUGAAAAGUUCAAUUUACGGCGUUUCCUGUGUACAGAAAGUGAGGAGUUAGUCUGGAAGAGUGAAGGUUUACCUUCAGAUGACCUUUCAAUAGAAAAUGCUCUUGUCAUUUUGCAG